AUGUCUGAAGUCAUUGAAGGUAACGUUAAGAUUGACAGAAUCACCCCAGGUGAUGGUGCUAGCUUCCCAAAGGUUGGUGAUUUAGUUACUAUUCAUUACACUGGUACUUUAGAAAACGGCCAAAAAUUCGAUUCUUCUGUUGACAGAGGUUCUCCAUUCCAAUGUAACAUUGGUGUUGGCCAAGUGAUCAAAGGUUGGGAUGCUGCUAUUCCAAAGUUAUCUGUUGGUGAAAAGGCUAGAUUAACCAUUCCAGGUCCAUUCGCUUAUGGUCCAAGAGGUUUCCCUGGUUUGAUCCCACCAAAUGCUACUUUAAUCUUCGAUGUCGAAUUAUUAAAGGUUAACUAA